GGCUGGUGUAAAGGUGUAGAGGUGUCAACAUUGUACAUCCCUUCAUUAUACGGACAAAUCUCCUGUGUGUUCAUAAAGAAAGUUCAACAGGACAGGUAAAGCAGAGGAAAGAGGAUGGCAGAUAUGGGAAUUAAGACGAAAUAUGGUGCUGCAGUGGUGACCAUAGCUUUAAUAACUCUCAUCGCUUUGAUUCUCUCUCUUGCUAAUCAUCAGACUUUGAAUCUGCCAUACUCAACACAGUAUGGGAUUGUGCUUGAUGCCGGCUCCACUCACACGGCGCUCUUCCUGUACCAGUGGCUCGGGAACAAAGAGAACGAAACUGGAAUAAUCUCGCAGAAACUGAGCUGUGAUGUGGAGGGUGGUGGCAUUUCGAGCUAUGACCAGAACCCCCCGGCAGCUGGAGAGAGUCUUAAGAAAUGCUUGGAUGUUGCCAAGGCAGCAAUCCCAGAAGGCCAGUGGAAGGCUACACCUGCUUACCUUGGUGCUACUGCUGGCAUGCGGCUUCUUGGAUUACAGAAUCAAAGUCUAGCAGACAGAAUCCUGGAAGAAGUCGCCAAAACAAUCCAAAGUUAUCCCUUUGAUUUCCGAGGGGCCAGAAUAAUCGAUGACAAGGAAGAGGGGGCUUUUGGCUGGAUCACCAUCAACUACCUCUUGGAGAGCUUUGUCAAGCACACAUUUGAGGGCUUUUGGAUCCACCCCAAAGCAGGAAAGAUUGUUGGAGCUCUAGAUCUCGGUGGCGCAUCAACACAAAUUUCAUUCACCCCAAAAGACCUAGUGAAAGACUCCAAUUCUACUUCAAAUUUCACGCUCUAUGGGUACAAGUAUGAGGUGUACACACACAGCUACUUGUGCUACGGCAUGGACCAGGCUUUGAAGAAGCUUCAGGCCUACCUUAACAAGACUGCUGGGGCAUCAUCUGCCAUCAGUCACCCAUGCUACCCCAAAGGAUAUAUAGUCAAUGUUACUCUGGCUGAACUUUACAACUCCCCUUGUGUGGAGAAACCAAUCAAUUUUAACCCCAAUGAUAAAGUCACUUUCUCAGGAACGGGUAAUUCAUCCCUCUGUCUUUCUUCAAUUGAGAACAUAAUUAACCUCACAGACUGUGCCUUAUCACCAGACUGUGGUUUCAACGGUGUCUAUCAGCCUCCUGUCAAUGGCGAAUUCUUUGCUUUUUCCUCGUACUUCCACAUCUUCAGCUUUCUUGGUCUUGCCCCAAAAGCUCAACUGACACAGGUUCUUUCCACUAUUGAGACUCACUGCGACAAAAACUGGACCACUCUUACUGCUGAAAAUCCAUCCAUUGAUGCAAAAUAUCUGAAAGAUUACUGUGCUUCUGCACAUUAUAUUAUGACUAUUCUCCUGAAGGGAUACAAGUUCAAUAACAGCUGGGAUCAAAUCUCUUUUGAGAAACGGGUAGCAGACGUAGAUAUCGGGUGGACGUUGGGCUACAUGCUGAACCUGACCAACAUGAUUCCCUCUGAACGGCCUAGAGCGGUGACAGGUGUGGUGCACAGUCAAUGGGCAGCUCAGACUUUCUUCAUCGUAUUUGCCCUAUUCCUCAGUCUACUUAUUAUAGUCAUCCUGGUUUUUAUCACAUAGACGUCACCAACAAGGAAUUAAUUGAUAUAUUUUGAUACUAUGAUAACAAAAUAUAAACACUUAUAACAUUAUUACCAUAGUGAAUCGUGGUAAGACAAAAACAUGAUUUGGAAAAAGGAUGGAUGUUUGAUGUUUAAAUUUUGUUCAAUUUGAUAAAAAAUAAAGUUAUAUACUGUGUACAUUAGUAAUAAUUAUACUUUUCAAUUAAAUAAAUUUCUUCAAAUACUCCUUUCGAGUUUCAGUCAAAACAAUCACAAACACGUCAUUCAUGUGAUUUUUACUUUAAAAAUAAAUAUUUCAAAUAUUUUAAAGUCAUUCUGAGCACCAGUGUAUGAUCACACAGACACACACACACACACACACACACACACACACACACACACACACACACACACACACACAAUACAAUUGAAUGUAACACAUUGCUUUUCACUAAAAUCCUUCUAUUGUAUUUUGUAUUUAUUUAUUUCUGUUUCUCUGAGUAAUAUACGUUGAUUCUACUGUUCACUGUUUAGAGACUUUUAUUUUGACAUUUUCUCCUUGCGCUCUACCGCCAUUUUCAAGUGAGUGCGCGCCUUUCCAAAGUUCGCAUUGCUUAUGCUGGGGAGAGGUAAGCGUUUGUCAGAGCUUUUCAUUUUAUGAGUGAAAUAAGUUUACAAAGUGUAUAAAUCGACUAAAUAUCUUAUUGUAAAGAGUACUGAGACUAUUUGCAGUGUUCUGUUGUAUGUUCUAUGUGCGAGUGGAUUGAGAAUGUAAAGUUAUAUCGUGUGGGCCGUAUGAUAUUGACAUGGUUUUGAGUCAUUAGUUAGCUAAUAAAUGUUAUAUCGUACAGGAAUGUCUUAUGAAACGCCCACAAGAGUGAUAUAUGAGCUUUAUUCAUGUUAAUCCACAGGUAUUUUAUUUUUAUUGUCUUUGUUCUUUUAUAUUCUUGUAUUGUUAAUAUAAUGUUUCAAUGUUAAUUUUCUCAACUGUUAUACAAAAUGAGUUUGCAUUGCUUAUGCUGGUGAGAGGAAUGUCUCAUGAAAUGCCCACAAGUGAGAUAUGAACUUUAUUCAUGUUAAUCCACAGGAGUGAAGUUAAUGCUGGGCGUGGCUGUCAAUAAAUCCCCUUUUGGUGAACAGAAGUGAAAGUGUCCUGGGUCUUCUCAUACACAACGCAGAUGGUGGUAACAGCGGUCAGCAACGGACCGGUUACUUACACACACACACACGUAAAACCAUCUGUAGAUUUAACAAAUCACUGCUCAAUUCAAAUAAAAUCCAUUAUAUGUA